CAGAUGUAGAGACGGUAAAAAGAACGACACAGAAGAGAAGAGGAUCCGACUGGACAUGGAUCUCAGGGUCCUGGUGGUCUUCACGUCCCUCUGGAGCUCAGGGCUGCUGGUGGAAAUGAAAAACAGCUCAACAGCGUCCUAUGAGUACAGGUUAGUGGGAGGAGCCAGCCGUUGCCAUGGUGAACUGCAAAUGAAACUGCAGGAUGAAGACUGGAAAUCAGUGAGCUGGGUUUACUGGAACCUGUGGUUAGCAAACAGAGCAUGUGCAGAACUGGACUGUGGAACUGCUCUGUCAACAAGAGAAAGAGAGGAGGUGUCGACAAGAGACAUGUGGGAAAUGGAAAUGGAAUGUGACAAAACUUCACUGAUCGACUGUUUUUCAUCGAUCCCAUGCUCUGUAGCACUGGAGCUGAAGUGUUCGGACUCGGUCAGACUGGUCCACGGGUCCAGUCUGUGUUCAGGUAGACUGCAGGUCCGGUCUAACCAGUCCUGGUCCUCAGUAUGUGAAGGACAUUUUGACCUUCAGGAUGCCCAGGUGGUCUGCAGGGAGCUGGGCUGUGGGGCUCCUUCAGUCCUCCGGGGGGUGCUCUAUGGAGAAACUGAAGCUCCUCUGUGGAGGACGUUCCAGUGUGAAGGAAAUGAGUCUGUUCUGCUGGACUGUGGAAGCUCAGCGUCAGAUACCUGCUCAUCUGGAAAAGCUGCGGAUGUUUCCUGCUCAGAUCGUGUUGGUGUCAGACUGGUGGGAGGGGCCAGUCGCUGUGAUGGGUCACUGCAGAUAGAACAACAUGGAGAAUGGAGAGACAUGGAGAGCCAUUCUGUUCUGUGGAUGUUGAAGACGGCAGAUGUGAUCUGUGGUCAUCUGGACUGUGGCUCUGCUCUUUCUACAGUUCGAGAAGAUCGUUCAUAUCGUCCUCUGUGGCUGGUGAGCUCCACCUGCAUUCAGAACACGUCUGCAGUCAAAGACUGUGUGUCAAAUGUCAAAAUGAUGCUCAACGCCGCCAUGAACCUCGUCUGUGCAGACUCGGUCAGACUGGUCCACGGGUCCAGUCUGUGUUCAGGCAGACUGCAGGUCCGGUCUAACCAGUCCUGGUCCUCAGUGUGUGAAGAGGAUUUGGACCUGAACGACACCCAGGUGGUCUGUAGAGAACUGGGCUGCGGGGCUCCUUCAGUCCUCCGCGGGGCGCUCUAUGGACAGGGGGAGGCUCCAGUCUGGACCAGUGAGUUCCAGUGUGAAGGAAAUGAGUCUGUUCUGCUGGACUGUGGAAGAUCAGCGUCAGAUACCUGCUCAUCUGGAAGAGCUGUGGACGUUUCGUGCUCAGAUCCUGUCGGUAUCAAACUGGUGGGAGGAGCCAGCCGCUGUGAUGGGUCAGUACAGAUAAAACAACAUGAUGAAUGGAGACACGUGGAGAACUUUUUUUACCCGUUGACCCUGAAGGCAGCAGCUGUAAUGUGUCGUCAACUGGACUGUGGCUCCGUUGUUUCUGUCGGAAGAAAUAACACCAUCCAUACCAUAAUACCGUACCAUCGAGUGUGGGCGAUCAGCUCCUCAUGUGUUGAAUCCACUUCCACAUUAAGGGACUGUGUGUCUUCAGACCAUAGUAUGAGCGGUGAAAACAUGCUGUUCCUCAACUGUUCAGACUCGGUCAGACUGGUCCAUGGGUCCAGUCUGUGUUCAGGCAGACUGCAGGUCCGGUCUAACCAGUCCUGGUCCUCAGUGUGUGAAGAGGAUUUGGACCUGAACGACGCCCAGGUGGUCUGUAGAGAACUGGGCUGCGGGGCUCCUUCAGUCCUCCGGGGGGCGCUCUAUGGACAGGGGGAGGCUCCAGUCUGGACCAGUGAGUUCCAGUGUGAAGGAAAUGAGUCUGUUCUGUUGGACUGUGGAAGAUCAGCGUCAGAUACCUGCUCAUCUGGAAGAGCUGUGGACGUUACCUGUGCAGAUCCCAUCAGGUUGGUGGGAGAGCCCAGCGGCUGUGCCGGGACUGUAGAGAUGGAAAAGCAGAGCGACUGGAGAGCAGUGGGAACGUCGGAGCAGUGGAGCCUGGAGUCUGGGUCUGCGCUGUGUCAGCGUCUGGACUGUGGCUCAGCUGUUUCAGUGAAGACAAAAGACGACUUUCCAGACAGGCCGGUGUGGUUCAUCUCAUCUACCUGCGUCAAGUCCACGUCUGGACUCAGAGACUGUUGGCUGAUGAAUCAUAACGACAAUCACACAUCUGGUGUGGAGGUGGUCUGCUCAGGUCUGCUGCCUCAGCCAAUCAUCUCUCUGUCGGUGUCUGACGGGCUCUUCGAGGUCUACCAGCGGGGGUUCCGGCUGCUGCUGGGCUCCGCCUUCACCGUCACAUGUUCCGUUGAACCUCAGUACCCUGGAGGCUCCUUCCAGCUGAUCUCCGACACCUCGAACCCACAGAACCUCACCCUGCCAGCUGUCAAUCACUCUGCCCACUUCCUGUUCGCUGCCAUAGGCCACGCCCACCGAGGGGACUACACAUGUGUUUAUCACCUCGACGUUUUCAACCGCAGCUUCUCCUCGCCUCAGAGCCCAGUCCUGUAUCUCACCAUCGGAGCCUCUGUGAUGGAAGUGGUCAUCAGGACGGUGCUCGUCAUCCUCAUCCUCUUCAUAUCCACCGUCUCCAUGUUCUUCUUCUGUAAGGUCUGGGGGGGGCAGCUCAGACUGAAGGCCCGCACAGCACCAGGACCGCCAAGAUAAAAAAAAAAAAAAAAACACGUAUAUUUACAGAAACAAAAGCCCUCACAAUUAGAAAAGAGCAGUUUGACUCCAGCUGCCAUUUAUGUUCAGCGGUGUACGUCAUUAUUGAAGCUUUUGUGUCUGUGGUGACACUGCAUCUGCGUCUGCGUCUCAUUAUUUCAACUCCUGAAGGAACUUAGGCUGAGGUGAGGUUCUUUUAUAUUGGUCUGUAACACAUUUGGGUCGAGGCCUGCAUUGGCUGAGGGGGAGGGGUGGAAGUGGGCGGAGCAGAGAGCAGCAGAGUGUGGUCGGUGAGAGAGAGAU